AUGACCGUGGACAAACCGCCCUCAGGUGCCGAAAUGACGCCGACGUGCCUCGUCCUCCUGCUGAUGAGUAACGCCGCCGCAGUCUACGCUCAGUUUAACGGAUACAACUGCGAUGCCGGCUUCCACAGCAGGUUUCCCGGUGAGCGGGACAUCAGCGUGUACUGCGGCGUUCAGACCAUCACCCUGAAGAUCAACUUCUGCCCGGUGCUCUUCUCGGGCUACACCGACGCGGACCUGGCCCUGAACGGCCGGCACGGCGAGGCCCAGUGCCGCGGCUUCAUCAACAACAACACGUUCCCCACGGCGGUGCUGUUCAGCAUCAGCCUCAGCACCCUGGAGGCCUGCGGCAACAGCCUGGUGGUCAGCACGGCCUACGGGGCCAAUGCCUACGGGAACAUGUCUCUGGUCCAGAUCGGGAACGUCUCGGGGUACAUCGACACCCCCGACCCCCCCACCAUCAUCAGCUACCUGCCCGGCCUGCUGUACAAGUUCAGCUGCAGCUACCCGCUGGAGUACCUGGUCAACAACUCUCAGCUGGCCUCCUCCUCUGCUGCUGUGUCUGUCAAGGACAGCAACGGCACGUUUGAGAGCACGCUCAGUAUGAUCCUCUACAAUGAUUCGACGUUCAACCAGCCGCUGUCCAUCCCCAUGACCGGACUGGCUCUGAAAACCAGAGUGUUUGCUGCUGUGAAAGCCACAAACUUAGACAAACGGUGGAACAUCUUGAUGGACUACUGUUACACAACCCCCUCAGGGAAUCCUAAUGAUGAACUCCGCUAUGACCUUUUCUUUGGCUGUGACAAAGAUCCCCAGACGACGGUCUUCGAGAACGGAAAGAGCCAGGUGGGACGUUUCUCCUUCGAGGUUUUCCGCUUCGUGAAGCACAGACACCAGAAGAUGUCAACCGUCUUCUUGCACUGCCUCACCAAGCUCUGCCGGGCGGACGACUGCAUCAUGCUCAUGCCGAUUUGUGGCAGGCGGCGCCGGCGAGACGCGGUGGAGGGCCUGGACUCCCCGCCGGUGGCGUCGGGGAACGCCGUCGUCACGGCGGGCCCCAUCAUCACCAGGAGCGAUGAAACUCCCGUCAACAACUCCCAACUAGCCUCCGGUGCCCCCUCCCCGCCGCUGAACCCGGUGACCAGCGCUCUGAUCUCGGGCGUGGUCAUCCUGGGCGUGGUCUGCGCCGCCUUCUUCCUGUUGUCGCUCCGCCUCCUGCUGAAGUCCCGCCCCCUGCCGGCGGCGGCCUCAGGUGUCUGGAACCCGGGCUUUAAAUGA